GGCACCAUCCGCACCGUGCUCGGCGGCUACCUCGGCAACGGCGCGCUGCCAAAGGAGCAGGUGGCCUGGGUGGACGAGGCGCUCAAGCAGGGCGCCGCCAAGGGCCGCUUCCCCACGAGCGUGCCGACCAGGCUGCCGUGGGAGGAGAAGAAGCCCGACGCAGAGGAGUGGGCCGAGCUGGCGAAGGUCGGAUCCGGCGUCUGGGACGGGCGCGGCUUCGGGGAGAGCGGGCUGCGCCCCUUCGAGCUCGCGACGGUGAGGCUGCAGAACAUGGUCAGCGGCAUCGUGGCGAACUGGAGCGACCUGAAGCCGCCGGACGAUGAGCUGCUGGUGCAGCAGGGGGGCGCGGUAGUGCUCGACGAGGAGGGCUCGGCCACUUACUUCUACCGCGACAAGG